GUGCGACAAGGCAAAGCGGCAGUGGUUCGAAAAUUGGACGGCCGAGAUUCCCCGGAAGCUUCAAGAGCUUAACGAAGCUUCCAGCCUUUAUAUGAUAUCCCCACCGAAAACCUAGCAGUGUCUUCCCCGAGAGCAGAGCAGAGGCACAGCACAGCGAUAAACCGCUCGGCGCCAUCUUAUCCGAACCCUAACGCCUCGUCCUCUGCCCUCUGACGGUCAGGGGAAUACAUGGCAUCAACUUUCAUUACCAUGUCUUGCGCUGGUUCCAUGGCUGCACCCAGCUGCAGUGUUAUGGAUAAGAAGCUGGCGGUUUCUUCGGAGAAGCUGUCAUCUCUUUCCUCCAUUUCCUCGUGCAACUUCGGACGAAGGCGGAGCGUCGCGCUCAGGAAAUCGCGGGAUCCUAAAAUCUGUGCCAUGGCCAAGGACUUGUAUUUCAACAAGGAUGGUUCAGCUAUAAAGAAGCUGCAAAAUGGCGUGAACAAGCUUGCAGAUUUAGUGGGGGUUACUCUUGGUCCCAAGGGAAGAAACGUCGUCCUAGAGAGCAAAUACGGCUCGCCUAGAAUUGUUAAUGACGGCGUGACUGUGGCCAGAGAGGUCGAAUUGGAGGAUCCUGUUGAAAACAUUGGUGCUAAGCUAGUGAGGCAGGCAGCUGCCAAAACCAAUGAUCUGGCUGGAGAUGGAACGACAACAUCUGUUGUUCUGGCUCAGGGUCUUAUUACUGAAGGUGUCAAGGUGGUGGCAGCUGGUGCAAACCCGGUUCUCAUUACUCGAGGCAUUGAGAAAACGGCCAAGGCUCUGGUAGCUGAGCUGAAAUCAAUAUCAAAGGAGGUGGAAGACAGUGAAUUGGCCGAUGUUGCUGCAGUUAGUGCUGGAAACAACUAUGAAGUGGGAAACAUGAUAGCCGAGGCUUUGAGUAAGGUUGGCCGAAAGGGAGUUGUGACCCUUGAAGAGGGAAAAAGUGCAGAGAACAGUCUUUAUGUUGUCGAAGGAAUGCAAUUUGAUCGUGGUUACAUCUCACCAUACUUUGUCACUGACAGUGAGAAAAUGGCAGUUGAAUAUGAAAACUGCAAGUUGCUCCUUGUUGAUAAAAAGAUCACAAAUGCAAGGGACCUCGUUAACAUCUUGGAAGAUGCUAUCAGAAGUGGCUAUCCAAUCAUCAUAAUAGCAGAGGACAUUGAACAGGAAGCUUUGGCAACUCUUGUUGUGAACAAGCUAAGAGGUUCAUUGAAAAUUGCUGCUCUCAAGGCCCCAGGAUUUGGUGAGCGCAAGAGUCAGUACCUCGAUGACAUUGCUGUAUUGACUGGAGGAACGGUGAUUCGAGAUGAGGUGGGGCUCUCCCUUGAUAAGGCUGGCAAGGAAGUUCUGGGUCAUGCUUCUAAGGUAGUGCUUACCAAGGACACGGCAACCAUUGUGGGUGAUGGAAGCACCCAGGAAGUUGUAACCAAGAGAGUUGCUCAGAUUAGAAAUCUUAUUGAGGCUGCAGAGCAGGAAUAUGAAAAAGAGAAACUUAAUGAGAGAAUUGCAAAGCUCUCUGGUGGUGUUGCAGUCAUACAGGUUGGAGCUCAAACCGAGACCGAGCUGAAGGAAAAGAAACUGAGGGUGGAAGAUGCUCUCAAUGCGACAAAGGCCGCUGUUGAGGAGGGUAUUGUUGUAGGAGGUGGAUGCACAUUGCUUCGACUUGCAUCCAAGGUUGACGCCAUUAAGGAGACACUUGAAAAUGAUGAGGAGAAGGUUGGGGCGGAGAUUUUGAGGAGAGCACUGAGUUACCCUCUGAAAUUGAUCGCAAAGAACGCUGGUGUGAAUGGAAGUGUUGUCAGUGAGAAGGUUCUCUCGAGCGAUGAUCCUAGAUAUGGAUACAAUGCUGCCACUGGGAAGUAUGAGGAUCUUAUGGCUGCUGGAAUUAUCGAUCCGACCAAGGUUGUCAGGUGUUGCCUGGAGCAUGCUGCCUCUGUUGCCAGGACAUUCUUGAUGUCCGACUGCGUGGUGGUCGAGAUCAAGGAGCCUGAACCUGUGCCUGCCGGGAACCCGAUGGACAACUCGGGAUACGGAUACUAAGGGAGCGUCUUGAGGAGGUUUAAAUUCCGCAAGGAGGAGAAACCUCAAAGCCGAUGGGUGCGCCUGCUCCAUCUUCUUAGUGUGUUUUGUAAAUGUAGGCAUUGAGAUUGAUAUCGUCACCGACAUAAAGGUUAAACUCCCGGGGGAAGGGCUAGCUUUCCCGGGUGCGGCUUGUGCUAGUUUCAACUAAUGGAUUAUUGAAAAUUUUUUAAUGUUAGAAUUCUCACCUGAGUCUGCUUCCUGUCUCACAUGUUGUUUAUACGCC